AUGCAUGGUUUCCUAGAGUUCGGAGACGCAACUUGGACGGGAGUCAACACCAACGCCAACGGACUAGCAAACACCACCAAGAUCACAGACGAGUGGAUCACCCCGAACAUCCGCGUUGGGCCUCUAGGCACAACCUAUCCCUUAAUCGAGUUCAAUAUGGAAGGAGAUACACCAAGCUUCCUGUGGCUCAUUCAAAAUGGUCUUUCUGCCACCGAGCAGCCGGAAUUGGGCGGUUGGGGAGGUCGAUACUCUCAGGUGGUCGAUGUCGACGGCAUCAACUGGUAUGGAAACUCGUUGGAUGCCCUCACAUUGUCUGAUGGGACUUCAUACUCGAGUAUUCAGGCGACGAUCUGGCGCUGGAGAGACGCUAUGCAGGACGACUUUGCCGCGCGGAUGCAAUGGACCCUGAACCAGAGCGUCAGCGCCGUAGCUCAUCCGCCUCUGGUCAGUGUGAAUGGUUCUGCAGGCCCUGAAGUUUUACGAUUCGACCUCAAGGCCAAUCAGUCCAUCAUAUUGUAUGGAGAAAGCACAUAUGACGCCGACCAUCCUGAGGAUUUGAGCCAGCUCGAUUUUGAGUGGUUUGAGUAUCCUGCAGCACAGGUGUACCCGCCGCAACCAAGUGGCCUUUUCAUUCAGCCACUCGCCUCACCCUCUGGUACAAACGGCGUGCUGUCUCUGAACGAAGCUGGAUUUGCGAAUGUCACGCUUGGUCCAAAGGUUGAGGUGUCGGUUGAAGAUAGCGCCUUCACGGAUGGCAAAGAAUGGCAGGUGGUCUUGCAAGUUCGCACGAAGAAAGGGCCACACCCAAUUAGACGUUACAAAAGGAUUAUAAUCACAACCAAGGACUGA